CUCUUUUUUCUUUCUCUCUGCCCGUCGCUUUCUUCUAUUUACCUCGCUCGCCUCCAAUCAUCGCCCUCUUUUUGCUCUCUUUUUCUGGGGCAUUGGGGGGAGGGAGUCGAGUCGAAUAAUAGAGGAAAGAUUGGAGAAAGAGGGCUCUCUGUCUCUGAUUUCUCUCGCGAAUUGGGGGAAUAGGGAUCGUCUUUGGGAAUUGGAGUUCGUGCGGCGGCUUUGAGGCGGGGGCGUAGUCUCGGAGUUUGAUUUUCGGGAAAUCUAGGGUUUGAAUUGAAGAGUCGCACUCUAGGGUUUUGGUUUCGGUGAGUUCGGGGUUCUUUGGCUCAGUUCUGAGUUGUUGUGCUCGAGUAGAUGCCAUGGAUCAGUCGUGGGGUGGUUUAAAACCAUCAGGACCUUCAAAUAUCCCUCCAGUGAAGACUAUGCAGAAGGUCAGAAGCAGUGCCUGGGGAAUUCCAUCUGGAUCUAAUGCAUAUCAUGGAUCAAGUGAUGCAAGCCUUUUCUCAAGCUCCUUACCUGUUCUUCCACACGAGAAAUUGAUAGAUGAGGUUCCUUCUGAAAUAAAUAAUCUGAGUAAAAAGAUUGAUGGUAAGGAUUCUGUCGAUGAUAUUGACCUCCAAGGGAUUGGGAGUCUGUUACCUGAUGAUGAAGAGGAGCUUUUAGCUGGAAUUAUGGAUGAUUUUGACCUUAGGGGGUUGCCUAGUCAUAUGGAUGAGUUAGAAGAGUACGAUCUUUUCGGCAGUGGAGGGGGUAUAGAAUUGGAUUCUGAUCCUACAGAGAGUCUCACAAUUGGGAUGGCAAAGGCAAGUAUUGCUGAUGGCUAUACUGGUAAUGGGGUUAAUCAGUACAGCCUUCCAAAUGGUGUUGGAACUAUUGCUGGGGAACAUCCAUAUGGAGAGCAUCCUUCUAGAACUUUAUUUGUGCGGAACAUUAAUAGUAAUGUUGAAGAUUCAGAAUUGCGGUCUUUGUUUGAGCAAUUUGGGGACAUCCGGAGUCUUUACACUGCAUGCAAGCACAGGGGAUUUGUGAUGAUAUCUUACUAUGAUAUCCGAUCUGCUCGAACUGCCAUGCGUGCAUUACAAAACAAACCCUUACGACGGAGAAAGCUUGAUAUUCAUUUUUCAAUUCCCAAGGAUAAUCCAUCAGACAAAGAUAUGAACCAAGGAACUCUUGUAAUUUUUAAUUUGGAUCCAUCAGUUUCAAAUGAUGGCCUUCGUGAAAUAUUCGGGGCUUAUGGGGAAGUAAAAGAGAUAAGAGAGACUCCACACAAGCGGCACCAUAAAUUUAUUGAGUUCUAUGAUGUCAGAGCGGCAGAAGCUGCCCUUCGGGCAUUGAACAAGAGUGACAUAGCUGGCAAACGAAUAAAGCUGGAACCUAGCCGUCCUGGUGGAGCUCGUAGAAACUUGAUGCAGCAAUUGACUCAUGAAUUGGAACAAGAUGAAACCAGAGUUUACAGGCAUCAUUUGGGAUCACCUAUAACCAACUCUCCUCCAGGUUCAUGGGCUCAAUAUGGCAGUCCAAGUGAUAACAAUCCACUUCAAGCUCUCAGCAAAUCCCCAGCUGGGGGAUCAAUGAGCCCUAUGGGUGGGAACCAUUUGCCUGGAUCAGCUUCUGUACUAACUCCUGUGAUGUCAAACUCUAUGAAAAUUGCACCAAUUGGGAAAGACCAAAACAGGGGUAACCAUGUAGAGCCGGUCUCUAAUAGCAACUCAUCACAUGGUGUUGCAUCUCAACAUUCUCAUUCCUUUCCAGGGCAUAAUAAUGGAAUUGUGAGCUCAAGUCCAGGAACUCUAUCUUCUUUUGGUCUUUCAGCUUCAAAUGCAUCUGGGAUUGGAACAUUGAGUGGACCCCAGUUUCUCUGGGGUAGUCCAACUCCUUAUUCAGAGCAUUCCCAAUCAUCUGCUUGGCAGUCACCAUCUAUCGGACACUCAUUCGCUUCCAAUGGCCAUGCACGAGGGCAGGGAUUUCUUUAUUCAAAUCACCAUGGUUCUUUCGUUGGGCCAUCACACUCUCACCAUCACCAUCAUGUGGGGUCAGCUCCCUCUGGUCUUCCUUUUGAAAGGCACUUUGGUUUUGUUCCUGAGUCACAGGAUACAUCUUUCAUGAGCCAGGUCGCAUAUGGAAAUAUGGCUAUUGGUCGAAAUGAUGGAAGCUUAAUGAUGAAUAUGAGUGCUCGGGCCUCUAUGAAUCCUGGGAUUGCUUUAUCUGGAAAUAUAUCUGGUAAUAGUUCACCUAAUUUCAGAAUGAUUUCCUCACAGAGACUGGGCCAUACAUUCUUUGGGAAUGCUCCUUAUCCUGGACCAGGUUCUGCUAGCAUUGAGGGUCUGCUUGAGCGGGGUCGCAGUCGCCGAGUUGACAACAGUGGGAGUCAAGUAGAUAUCAAGCAGUAUCAGCUUGACUUGGAAAAAAUUGUCAGUGGGGAAGAUAUCCGAACAACACUAAUGAUAAAAAACAUCCCAAAUAAGUACACCUCCAAGAUGUUGUUAGCAACCAUAGAUGAAAGUCAUAAGGGUACCUAUGACUUCCUCUACUUGCCAAUUGAUUUUAAGAACAAAUGCAAUGUUGGUUAUGCAUUUAUAAACAUGGUGUCUCCUUCUCAUAUCAUCUCGUUUUAUCAGGCAUUUAAUGGGAAAAAAUGGGAAAAGUUUAACAGUGAAAAGGUUGCCUCAUUGGCAUACGCUAGAAUUCAGGGCAAAGCAGCACUUGUUGCCCACUUCCAGAACUCAAGCUUGAUGAAUGAGGACAAGCGUUGCCGCCCUAUUGUUUUCCAUUCUGAGGGGCCUGAAGCUAGUGAUCAGGAAGCAUUUCCAUUAAAUGGUAUGAACAUUCGUGUGCGGCCUCAAGAUGGGACUGUUUCAGGAGGCGACCUGGCAGGAAGUCCGACAGAGAAUAAUAAUCCAAGUGAGAAACCAGAGGAGAACACCCUACCUGAAAAUGGACCGAAAGUGUAGUGUUUACAGCAAACAGGUGGUUGUGAAUGCUGACUGUUCUAUAGGUAUUCAAGUGUACAAAACCGUGAGAGGGAAAUUGGAGGUGCAAUUGUCUGAUUGGGUGCAUCCACUUUUUAGGUGAUGGAUGUGCUAUUGCAUAUAUCAAAUUGUCAAUGAAGGAUAGGUUUCAUGGUGUUCCUUUUUUUUUGUAUAGAUAGAAAUUGAUAUCCAAGGGUCGUGCACAAGAAAGUAAGGUAAUGUUGUAUAGGUGAUAUUUUUGGUUGGUCCUUGAGCAACCAACCACAUUGCUCGUAACCGAGCAUGGUUGCAGUCAUUUUCUUUUGGUUCUCUUAUUCCUAUCUUUAGUUUUUCUGGUACUUUGUUUAUUUCGUAAUUAGUAUAGUUUUGAAUUGUAUAAAGGAACAUAACUUGCCCAGUCAAUCUUAUUUUUAGUUCUUUUAUGGGUUGCAGUAAUGAAACUGUAUAGUUUUGGGUACUGAA